AUGAUUGUCUUGGAGCAUAUGGGUUAUGUGGGAACAUUUCCCCCUACAAUCAAGAAGUUGCUUCCUCCGUGUUGGAAGUAUUUGGCUCAUGUGUUCGUGAGCUGUAUUUCCGGCAGGAGAUCUAGAGCUAAUGAGAUUUCUUUUGCUAACACUGGUGCCAUUUCAGCAUUGGCUGCAGUGGAGGAGAUUCAUGAUUCUCCCAGAGCAUGUGUAGCUGAUGAACAUGAUUAUCAGAAAACAAAUGAUUCUAAGUCUUCUCGAGGUGAUGAUGAUGAUGAUAUUUAUGAUGGCGUACAGUUUUUGAAUAAAUUCGACUUUACUGGAAUUAGCGAUGAUGUUCCAACCAACAUAGAGUUUGAUCUCAAUGAUGAAGACUUUGAUCCUUUUCUCGGUAUCACCAGCAGCAGUGCAAAUAAAGUCAAUGAAGUUGUUUCUCUAGCAACCAAGACUAGAGCUGAAGAAGAUUCUCUCAAAAUUCUAUUCUCCACCUCAAAUCCCUUGGAGGUCACAACAAGCCAAGGGGAUGUGACAUCAGAGAUUCCUCCCUCUGUGUCAUUUGUCUCAACAUCAGCUCCAAUCAUUUCCGACUUAUCUGAACCUCAGACUUCUCAGACUUCCUUAAGAACAAGCCAAUCUCUUGAAAGUCUGGAGAUUCCCGCUGUAAAAAGUGCUCCUUAA